CGCGGCGCGGCUGGCGCUGCGCUCCGCCCCGGCUGCAUUGCUGCGCUCCCGGUGCCCAGGGGAGCCACGCGCCGCGUGCGCCCAGCAGCCGGCCGCCCGGAGGCAGCGCAGUCCGCUGGCAUGGGCCCCGGGGGCGCCCCGCGGAGGGGCUCCGGGCUGAGGCGCUGAAAGCCUCUCUCCCGCCCGCGGGGCCCCGCGUCCAGCUCUCCCGCCUGCCCGCGGCCAUGGCCGUCCGGCCCGGCCUGUGGCCAGCACUCCUGGGCAUAGUCCUCGCCGCCUGGUUCCGCGGUUCGGGUGCCCAGCAGAGCGCCACGGUGGCCAAUCCAGUUCCCGGAGCAAACCCAGACCUGCUUCCCCACUUCCUGGUGGAGCCCGAGGACGUGUACAUUGUCAAGAACAAGCCGGUGCUGCUGGUGUGCAAGGCUGUGCCCGCCACUCAGAUCUUCUUCAAGUGCAAUGGGGAGUGGGUGCGCCAGGUGGACCAUGUGAUCGAGCGUAGCACGGAUGGGAGCAGUGGGCUGCCGGCCAUGGAGGUACGCAUCAAUGUCUCCAGGCAGCAGGUGGAGAAGGUGUUCGGGCUGGAGGAGUACUGGUGCCAGUGUGUGGCGUGGAGCUCCUCGGGCACCACUAAGAGUCAGAAGGCCUACAUUCGCAUCGCCUACUUGCGCAAGAACUUCGAGCAAGAGCCGCUGGCCAGGGAGGUGUCCCUGGAGCAAGGCAUUGUGCUGCCCUGCCGCCCACCGGAGGGCAUUCCCCCAGCUGAGGUGGAGUGGCUCAGGAAUGAGGACCUGGUGGACCCCUCGCUGGACCCCAACGUGUACAUCACGCGAGAGCACAGCCUGGUGGUGCGGCAGGCCCGCCUGGCUGACACAGCCAACUACACCUGUGUGGCUAAGAACAUUGUAGCUCGUCGUCGCAGUGCCUCAGCGGCUGUCAUCGUGUACGUGAACGGUGGGUGGUCGACGUGGACCGAGUGGUCCGUCUGCAGUGCCAGCUGUGGGCGUGGCUGGCAGAAACGGAGCCGGAGCUGCACCAACCCGGCGCCUCUCAACGGGGGCGCCUUCUGUGAGGGGCAGAAUGUCCAGAAAACAGCCUGCGCCACCCUGUGCCCAGUGGAUGGCAGCUGGAGCCCGUGGAGCAAAUGGUCAGCCUGUGGGCUCGACUGCACUCACUGGCGGAGCCGCGAGUGCUCUGAGCCAGCACCCCGCAACGGAGGUGAGGAGUGCCAAGGAGCUGACCUGGAUACCCGCAACUGUACCAGCGACCUCUGCGUGCACACUGCUUCUGGCCCUGAGGAUGUGGCCCUGUACGUGGGCCUCAUUGCUGUGGCUGUGUGCCUCGUCUUGCUGCUGCUUGUCCUCAUCCUUGUAUAUUGUCGUAAGAAGGAGGGGCUGGACUCGGACGUGGCUGACUCAUCCAUCCUCACCUCAGGCUUCCAGCCCGUCAGCAUCAAGCCCAGCAAAGCAGACAAUCCCCACCUGCUCACUAUCCAGCCAGACCUCAGUACCACCACCACCACCUACCAGGGCAGCCUGUGUCCCCGGCAGGAUGGGCCCAGCCCCAAGUUCCAGCUCACCAACGGGCACCUGCUCAGCCCACUGGGUGGUGACCGACACACGCUGCACCACAGUUCACCCACCUCUGAGGCUGAGGACUUCGUCUCCCGCCUCUCCACCCAAAACUACUUUCGUUCCCUGCCCCGAGGCACCAGCAACAUGACCUACGGGACCUUCAACUUCCUCGGGGGGCGGCUGAUGAUCCCUAACACGGGAAUUAGCCUCCUCAUCCCUCCGGAUGCCAUCCCCCGAGGGAAGAUCUACGAGAUCUACCUCACGCUGCACAAGCCAGAGGACGUGAGGUUGCCCCUAGCCGGCUGUCAGACCCUGCUGAGUCCCAUCGUUAGCUGUGGGCCCCCAGGAGUCCUGCUCACCCGGCCAGUCAUCCUCUCCAUGGACCACUGUGGGGAACCCAGCCCCGACAGCUGGAGCCUGCGCCUCAAAAAGCAGUCAUGCGAGGGCAGCUGGGAGGAUGUUCUGCACCUGGGUGAGGAGGCACCUUCCCACCUCUACUAUUGCCAGCUGGAAGCCGGCGCCUGCUAUGUCUUCACUGAGCAGCUGGGCCGCUUUGCCCUGGUAGGAGAGGCCCUCAGUGUGACCGCCGCCAAGCGCCUCAGGCUGCUUCUGUUUGCCCCUGUGGCCUGCACCUCCCUAGAGUACAACAUCCGGGUCUACUGCCUGCAUGACACCCACGAUGCACUCAAGGAAGUGGUGCAGCUGGAGAAGCAGCUUGGUGGACAGCUGAUCCAGGAGCCCCGUGUCCUGCACUUCAAGGACAGUUACCACAACCUGCGCCUGUCCAUCCACGAUGUGCCCAGCUCGCUGUGGAAGAGUAAGCUUCUCGUCAGCUACCAGGAGAUCCCCUUCUAUCACAUCUGGAAUGGUACGCAGCAGUACCUGCACUGCACUUUCACCUUGGAGCGCGUCAGCCCCAGCACCAGUGACCUGGCCUGCAAGGUGUGGGUGUGGCAGGUGGAGGGCGAUGGGCAGAGCUUCAAUAUCAACUUCAAUAUAACCAAGGACACGAGGUUUGCUGAAAUGCUGGCUCUGGAGAGUGAAGGGGGGGUCCCAGCUCUGGUGGGCCCCAGUGCCUUCAAGAUCCCUUUCCUCAUUCGGCAGAAGAUCAUUACCAGCCUAGACCCUCCCUGCAGCCGGGGUGCUGACUGGCGGACUCUAGCCCAGAAACUCCACCUGGACAGCCAUCUCAGCUUCUUUGCCUCCAAGCCCAGCCCCACAGCCAUGAUCCUCAACCUGUGGGAGGCACGGCACUUCCCCAAUGGCAACCUCAGCCAGCUGGCAGCGGCAGUGGCCGGAUUAGGUCAGCCAGACGCUGGCCUCUUCACAGUGUCAGAAGCCGAGUGCUGAGGUCCACCAGGCCUGUAAACGCCUACACUCUCACCAGCUUUGGCACCUGCCAGGGACAGGCAGAAGCCGGACAGGGGCCCUAUCCCCACACUGGGGAGAGCUGCUUGGACAGGCCCCUCCUGGCCCACAUUGUCCCUUAAUGCUGGCCCUUCAGACUCUGCCCGAACACUCAUCCUUCCAUGGCCUGCCUGGCCUGGCAGGCACAGCUACCUGCUUACACUCUGCCCUGGCCCCAGGGCCCAGGGUGGACAGUGCCUGGAGUCCAGGCCAGGCCCAGCCCAUCUGUGUGUGCGUACGUGCGUGUGAUGCUACCUCUUCUGUCCUUCGCCUGGGGCCCCGCAUACACAUGGGCACACACGCACACACUGGACUUGGGAUGUGGCCCCUGAGCUCCUGCCUGAGCUGGGCCUUAUGCAAGCAUUUCUGUGCCUGCUGGGUGGGCGGCACACUCAAGGGGCCCGGCUCCAAACCUGCAGGAUCAGGGGCCCCAGCCAGACAGGGGUCGGCCCCUGGGUUGAUUCAGGCACACGACCACCACACAUGCCUCGUGUGCUCAUUUCACUUGCACCCCUUUCCUGGGUCACGCAGAACCCCCACCACACACAUCUCCUGCUGUACACCCAGAGGCUGCUCCUGUCUCUCAUGCCCGGUGUCGGUACACAUCUGCCUCUCAUAUGCUGCCCUUCUCCCACCCACCCAGGGACAACUGACGGCUCCUCCCUGAUCCUCCCCUGCCCCCAGCCUCGAGGUGCCCUGCCCAGCGGGGCGGUGAAUAUGCAACGGGAGUCCCGGGCUGUACAAUGGCGAGUGUGUGUGCCGUGCCCAUUCCUGGGGCUGGCCGGUGCCCCCCCGCAUGGGGCCUGUCAUGUGAAGCUUGUGUCCUGACUCUGUCUUAAGUGCAUUUGUGCACUUACACUUGGCCUUAUGUACACAGCCUUGCCCGGCCGCCGGGGCACGUAGGGAUUUUAGCGGACGUGAAUGUAAAUAAAUUAUAUAUAUAUUGCUAA